GUCACGGGGUACGCAUCGCCUGGGUCAGGUGCGGCGCCUUCCUGGCGGACUCAUUGUUGCCGAAAUUGUCAAGACUGUGCCGCUUCCAUUGUUGUACGGCGGCGUGUUUAGGGGGUGCAACUGUUCGUUCUGGCCGCCGUAGGGGAGUGAUUUUCCGAGUGCGUUUCGAGCGGUUGCUAUGUGAAGAGGUGUGGCGAGCCGCUUCUGCUUGUGACCCAUGGCGGACACUGCUGCUCCCGUGCUGUGCGGACCCAUGUCGGCGUACACGCAGUUCGGCUACUCGUACCCUGCGGCGUCGCAGGUAGGACCGGCCUACUGCCAUCCAGCUCUGCUGGUGGCGGGCCAGCCCACGACAGCGACGUCGCCGCCGCUGGGCUCCGGGGGCGGCAGCUCCGGCGUGGGGGCGGGCGCCGUGUCGCCCGGGGGCGGCGGAGGCGGCGCGGGCGGCGUGGGCGUGGCGGUGUCGUCGUCGUGCUGCGAGAGCGGCCGGCCGCUGGUGACGGACCCGGUGUCUGGCCAGAGCGUCUGCUCGUGCCAGUACGACUCCGCGCGCCUCGCGCUCUCGUCGUACCCGCGCCUGUCGUCGUACGGCGCGCCCUACCCGUCCACCGACCAGAACCCCUACCCCAGCAUCGGCGUCGACAGCUCCGCCUUCUACUCGCCUCUCAGCAACCCGUACGCGCUGAAGGACAGCGGCUCGGCGGCGGCAGACAUGGGCGCAUGGACGAGCGCUGGCCUGCAGCCCACCACCGGCUACUACCCGUACGACCCCACGCUCGCCGCCUACGGAUACGGCGCGGGCUACGACUUGGCGGCGCGGCGGAAGAACGCGACACGCGAGUCGACGGCGACGCUCAAGGCUUGGCUAAACGAGCACAAGAAGAACCCGUACCCCACCAAGGGCGAGAAGAUCAUGCUGGCCAUCAUCACCAAGAUGACGCUGACGCAGGUGUCCACGUGGUUCGCGAACGCGCGUCGCCGCCUAAAGAAGGAGAACAAGAUGACGUGGGAGCCCAAGAACAAGACGGACGACGACGAUGACGCCAUCGUAUCGGACGGCGACGAUAAGGAUAAGGACGACCUGCUGCUCGACGACAAGCUCAAGGACUCGCGGAGUUCAGACAAAGACGGGCUGCACCACGUGAAGGCGGAGCACGCGCUCGACGAGGACGACGAGCUGGACGAGCGGCGCCACCACCACGCGCACCAGCAGCACCACGCGCACCAGCACCUGCUGCACGGCCACCACGGCCUGCUCAAGGACGAGCUGUCCAAGGACUGCGGCGUGCCGCUGCCCGCCACCAAGCCCAAGAUCUGGUCGCUGGCCGACACGGCCGCCUGCAAGACGCCGCCGCCCCCGCCGCCCGCGGCGCAGCAGCCGUGGCUGGUGCCCGCCACCGCCCCCGUCGGCGCCAUCAACAGCUUCGCGCUGCCCUCGCCGGCCUCCUCCGCCGGCGCCGCCGCCCCCUACUCGCGCUACGGCGGCCUCAUCACGGCGCCGUACGGCGGAGGUGGCGGGGGCGGCGGCGGCGGAGGGGGUGGAGGCAGCUCGUCCGGCUUCCCCGAGGUGCAGACUGACACGCCGCCCCAGACGCCACCUAACAUGAAGCUGCCCAGCGUCGCAGUGACGGGCAACCUGCUGGCGCCUUCGUCGGGCUCGUCGUGCUUCGGCGGAGGUGGGGGCGGCGGUGGCGUGGGCGGUAUGGGCCUGGGCGGCGUGGGCGGCAUGGGCGCGUCGUCGAGCGGCUACGGCAGCCACCACGGGAACGCCGCCUUCCUGGGCGGCUUCUCGCGGCUGCAGCAGAGCCAGGCGCAGCAGCAGCCGCAGUCGCAGUCCCCGCACAAGGAGCAGCGCGGCCUGGCCGCCAUGGCCGGCGUCAAGGAGCCCGCCUACCCCCAGCAGCAGCCGCCGCCGCAGCAGCACCCGCAGCACCACCCGGCCAUGAUGGCCGCCGGCGUCGGCGUCGGCGUGGGCGUCAGCGUCAGCGUGGGCGGCGGGCAGGCGGCCGCGGGGCCCGCGCCCGCCGAGGGCACCGCCUUCAAGCCUUUCUACAAGGGGUACGUGCGCGGCGACGAGGCAGCCGCAGACGCCCUGGAGCAGUGCGUCCGCGCCGGAGUGUGCGACGGGGCAGUGCGCGGAGGGGCGUCGCCAGACUGAAGGCGCGCCGCGGCGGCGCUGCGGGCGCACGACGGCGGCCACGAGCGCGUGUGAACACUGUGUGCGGGUGUGCGACGCGGACCUUGUAUAGUUAUACAUACAUAUAUAUAUUUGUUGUUGUUCGUUAAACUUUACUGUGCUUUUGGAGACUACUACGUCAAACGCCCAGUCGCUGGCGGCUUUCAUUCGUUGUGCAGUGCGCCUCGGAUGCGGCCUGUUGUGGACCACGAGCUUGGGAGACGUGGGUUCUAUCCCGUAGUAUUCAGUUUGGUUUCCUGCAAGUGCCAGAUUGCCGCUGAUAUAUUUCGACUUGCAGACUCUUGCGGAUAGAGCUGUGCAACUAAAAAAAACUUUUUUUUUUGCAUAAACGUGAAGAGGAUAUACCGCCAACUACAUAGAUGAAACUGAUGCUUUUUAGCGGACAAGUGACAGCAGAAAAUUGCAAGAAACAUGGCGCUUUCCAAAUUUUGUGUCCAUUUUUUUCCCUCUUUUCCUAGGGUUUGAUAUACAGUCAUCUAGAAUUUUAAGGAUGUGACUUGGCUGGAAAAGGCAUUUUUUAUAUGGAAAAGGGAAAAAUUGGUCGUAAUCUUGUGGAUGGAACCAACCCGGCAUUCGCCUGAAGUGACUUAAGAUAAAUAUGAACGGACGACACUGUAGUCCCCGCUUCUUGUUCAUUGCGCCACCUCGCUCGGUGUCUACAUUUUGUUGUUCUGUCGCCACGCGAAGCUGUAAAAUUCCUCCUCGAGCUUCUCAGUCUCAAUGGAUUCACUUCGUCCAGCGGCUGGUAUUUUACAGAUAUCUUCAGCUCCCGGCGUGGUCGCCGUCAUACAGGUGCGUUCCUCGAGACUUGCAAUUCGUCCACGAUAAGGCCCUGUUGACGUUACCAUUAGGAAAUAGUGUCACACCAUUUGCAGGCACGAGGCGAAAGCCUUGUGUGAACGGAGAUGACAGAUCUGACACUCAAGUCGGCAUCGGGCCUACUGCUGCUUUAUGUGUGUGUGUGUGCGUUUGUUUUUGUUUGUGGUACCUGAAAGUAAUUAGAUCUAUUGCGCUUGGCGCUUGUGCAAUAUUUGCCUUCUAUAACACGAAGGUUGACAGGGAUUGUGCUAUGAGGUGGCUUCGCUCGGUGUGCACGGAACCCGGGUACAUAUUUAUAGGUGUUAGCCCUGCUUGGUAUACGAAAACAGUACCCCAAUCCGUGGGCACCACAGGUGAACCUCCUCGGUCAACUUGCAGCCGUUUGUAAGCUGCGCUUGUACAGAAAUGUGGUGACGAAGCUGAGAGACGUUCUACAGAAUGCCCACAUGAGAGAAACGACGGCUGAUUAGGUCCGAUUUCGUAAGAGACGCUGUGUAUCUGUCGCUAUAUCAGUUUCGUUGUCACUACCAUUGUUUUGCUUCAGAGACAUUUUAAACAAAAGUAAAGAAUGUGCACAGGUUGUAUUUAUUGUACUGACUUAAAACUUGAGACAAUUAUGACGUAAAUGGGCAAUUGUAUUGUGAAAGAACAUUUAUUUAUCUGUGAUAAACGACGGGAGAUGACAGCAAACAAAGAAAAAAGUAGAUGUAUUUAGGGGGCUGUGCUGAAGAGAUGGACUCGUAUUUGGAAAAAUGUACCCACAGCUGUCUUUGGGCACCAAUUCUUCGGUUGUCUUCACGUUUCAUUCGAGUAAUCUUGUGUGAAAAUCCAUUGUAACCCCGUUGCAGAAACAUGAACACGUAAUUAACCUACAAAAAUACCGUUUUAUUAUUUCUUGUAAUGAUAAUAUUAUAUUAACGAUAAUAUUGAAAUUUAUUAAUGAUUCCAUGUAAAUUUUAUUUGUAAAUAGCCCUGUGUGAAUAGAUAUAUUAUUGUCUA